GCUUUGCAAUCUGUUCUGACUUCUGAGAAAUCAGUGUCUGAAAUACCUGAAGCAAUGGAUGACUUCUUCUGCAAUUUCCUGGUCAGAUUGGGAAUGUUCAGAACACUUGACUGCUUCCAAACUGAAUGGUAUGAAUUCAUACAGAGGGGUGUGUUCACAGCCAAAGAUACUGGAUUGGUUCCAACUGUGUAUACCCGCAACCAGCAACUUGAGGCUAAGAAUAUGUGUUUGAAGAAAGAUUUGGAAAACUAUAAACUUGCUGCAAACAAAGCAAAGGAGGCUUUCAUAAAAAUGCAGAAAGAAUGUGACUUCCAUCGAAUGCGUCAUAAGCAAAUGGUCCAGGAGAAAAACAGGCUUAUUUGUGACAUUAAAAGGCUGAAGGCACAUUAUGCAUCAUAUGAACCAGCGCUGAAGCAGCUGACUGAAAAGUACCAAACUACACUGAGACAGAAAAUGUUAACUAGUUUGGAGAGAGACAGAGCAGUUGAGCAGGUUACAGGUUUGCAAGCCGCAUUACGAAGUUUAGAGUCCGGAUGUGCUAUUCAGAGUCCUGUGACAAAAGCAGGCCACAAAUGUCAAAGGAAGAAAGGGUUGGAAGGUCCCACCCAGAAAGCUCUUCAGGAAGCCAGGCGACAAAAAAUCCUUCAUGCUGAAAACUGUUCAUAUGAUCCAGUCAAAGAUGCAGAGAAGAUAGGCAAGAGAUGUCCAAAGAGAAGAAUCCGUUUUUCUGGUGGUGGCUGUUUUCAGCGGGUUGAGUUAGGUGAACAGGAUCACCGUGGGAUCACAGUAAUGCUGUUCCGUGCCAAGGAAAGUGAAGCUGCAUUAACAUGUGUGAGGCAUCUUUUGUCUUCCUCUUUUCGUGAAAAUGUGGCCGUAUGCCAUGGAAGGUUUUUCCCACAGAAGUUGUCAUCAUCACUGUGUCUACUGGACAUUGAUGACAAUACUGAAAUACUUCAGGAAUCAAAUUGA